AUGGCCCAACGCUCGCACACGGAGCACUGUCGGCCCGGUGAUACCCUCGUUGUCGUCCAUGAGUUCGUAGCCCGCAGCCCUGACGAGCUGAGCCUGCGACGGGGCGACCGCAUCGAGCUCAUCGAACGCGACGAUGACUUUGGCGAUGGCUGGUUCUUGGGCAAGAACACCGAGUCUGGCGACAAUGGACUCUUUCCAGAAGUCUACACGAGACCGGCGCCCAAGCCCACGCCCAUCCCCACGAUGCUCUCACGCAACCCUUCACAGAGGUCGGCACGGUCAGAAAAGGUCGCACCGGCUGCUGGUACGCCCGUGUCCGAAUCCCCCUCUUCGAAGCUGGCCCCUCCCGCAGCCAGCGCACCGCCGCCUCUCAAAAAUGUCCCUACCGAACCACUGCACAUUGGGCCGCCUACUACACCAACCGACAUGCGCCGAACGUCGCUGCAGACAUCGCUCCAGACGGCCCCGAGGAGCAUCAGCAUGACCAUGAGCGGCGAGGUGCCACCAGAGGAUGCGACGAUAGGAAGCCCCGUCAUGCACGAGACGCUAAGCGUCAUUGAUGAGCAUAUCACCGACAUGAGCACACCACGCCAGAGUGCAGCCCCCAAGGACCUGCGCGCAAACGACUCGGGCAGUGAAUACAGCAGCCAGCACCGCCUCUCGUUUGUCAACGGUCAGGAGACGGACGAGGAGGAGGAGCAGCACUGGCAUACGGAAGAGGAAGUCAGGACGUGGUCGCCCACGCGUGUCGCCGAGUACCUGGAGGACGUGGGGGUGGAGAAGAAGCACUGCGACGUCUUCCGGGAGCAAGACAUCGACGGAGAGGCUCUAUUGGGCGUGGAUCGCAACUUCAUCUUCAUGCAGGAAUUCGACUUAGGUCCCAUGGGACCACGACUACGCACGUGGAUGAAGAUCAACGCUCUACAGUCCGAGGUCAAAAACGCCAAAGAAGCCGCCAGGCAACUGCAAUCAGUGCCUUCCUUUGAUGGGCAGGGCGACCUCCCUUCUCCAGAGAACAGCCGACUCAGAGCUGCGUCGACAGGGUCAGUUCUGCCUCGCAUAUCGACCGGGCUGCGCGAGAACAUGGGGUCACGUGGAAACUCCAGUCGAGCUCAUGGCCAGAUUCCCCGUGCGGUCUCGUCUGCAGGCCGCUCAAACUCGACUUUUGAGGCCACAUCCCCAUUGAUCCAGCACAUGUCCGCCUCACCCUCUGCUGAGUCGCCUAUCCGGCCAUCGGCUGCCUCUGUUCGCAGCAUGACCCAUAACAGACGCCACUCCUCGAUCGAUGACUACAACCAGGGUCCGCCUACACCCACUGCAGCCAGUCACAUGAAAUCUGCAUCCAACGCAUCUGGGCCGACGGCGCACAAGAAGACGCCAUCCUUUGAUCGCAACUGGACCAUGGGAGCCACGCCCAAGUCUCCACCAGCAUUGCAGAGACCCCUGUCAUCACAUCACGUUUAUACGACGAGCGCCAAUGGCACAACAUUCGAUUUGCGUGAGAACGGCUUGACCGCUUCUGAGCUCGAUCGAGGCUAUUUCUCAGGUGGUGAGAUAGAUAACCGCAAUCGUAGAAACGUGCUGCGCAAGAAGGAGAGCCCAAACCACUCUCGCAACCCUAGCUAUAACGCCGAUGCUGCCCGCCGCACCAGUUCGUACAGUCGACGACACAGCAGACUGGGAAGUGCAGACUCUGUGAUUGGCCACACCAUGUCUCCAGCAGCCAAGCAGUACUACGGUAACAGUCACAAGGCCAGUAAUAGUGCAACAAGCGCCUUUGACUUUGUACGCCCCCUCAAACCCACUGCUGACUCAAACCCAACCGUCACCAAGCUCUCCUACGACGGACAUAGCAUUGAUGCCAUCGCAAACUCGCCGCGGGUACCAGGUAGCGAAACUUCCAGCACAGGCCGUGCCUCACCCUCACCGGCGGCGGCUCCCUCACAUUCGCGGUCCUUUUUCAGCAAACGAUCGCAGCCUAGAGGUCUCCGAGCGAUUUCAGAUGCUAUUACUGGAGGUGAAAAGGCAAACCUGAGCACCGGAGAACUACAGGCAUCUCCACACAAAGAUUCACCGAUGCAGUCGCCUACGCGAACCGGAUCUAGCACUCCUUCUGGCACGUCAUUGUCUAAGAGCUUCGAAAUCGGACCAGAUGGCAGCAAGCGACACACAACCGACUCCACUGUCAAGGAAAGCCGGAAGAAGUACAAGAAACACGGAACCAGUGCGUACCUCAAGGGUCGUCAGCAGGUCUCGCCCCAAGAAGCCAUGGCAAAUUGCGACUACAGCGGCUGGAUGAAGAAGAAAUCGUCGAGUCUCAUGACUACUUGGAAAACACGCUUAUUCGUCUUGCGUGGCAGACGUUUGGCUUACUACUACUCGGAAAACGACACGGAGGAAAAGGGCCUCAUCGACAUUUCAUCUCACAGGGUACUUCCAGCGAUGGAUGAGAAGAUGACUGGCUUCCAUGCAUCCGUCACUCGCGCGGCUGCUUCGCCCUCGUCACCACACAAUUCUACAAUUCAGACAGCCGCGUCAGUGGACGCUGCUAAGACGACCCCAGGUCUGGAGGAUGACAUGGCCGGCAUGUUCAUCUUCAAGCUUGUGCCUCCGCGUGCUGGUCUACAAAAAGGCGUGCAAUUCACAAAGCCGAUAGUGCACUAUUUUGCUGUCGACAGUCUGACGGUGGGACGAUUGUGGAUGGCCGCGCUCAUGAAGGCUACCAUUGAUCGCGAUGAGGCAUUGCCUUUUACCACGACUUAUCAACAAAAGACCAUCUCACUUGAGAAGGCCAGGGCCAUGCGCCAACGCCCACCGAACCUGAUGGAUGAAGACACGGCAGAUGGCUCGGGAGAUGCGGAGAAGAAGAGCGAGUAUUCAAAAGAGAGCCUCAAAGACAGUACGAUACACGAAGAGGACGAAAAAGGCUUGGCUAUAACUGGAUUGGACGAUGCCAAAGCCCUCCUUGCCUAUGCGGACAAGGGUAGCAGCAAUGGCGACUCUUACCCCGAGCACAGACACGAUCUCGCGGUCGCCGGCGUCGCCAACUGA